AUGGCUGAAACCCCGGAGCCGGAGAAGCCCGUCAUCCUCCUCGUCCACGGCGCCUGGCACGCCCCGGGCUACUACAAGGGCCUGAUCAACCCGCUCCGCAAGGCCGGGUACACGGUCGUCGCGCCAGCCCUGGCGACUGCGGGCGCCGACGACUCGAUCCUGGGCAAGACGCUGUUCGACGACGUGAAGCGCUGCGAGGAGGCCCUCGCGCCGUACCUGCCUGCCGAGGAAGGGAAGGACGGGCGGGAGGUCGUCGUCGUGGCGCACAGCUACGGCGGGAUCCCGGGGACGCAGUUCUGCGCGGGAAACACGGUGGCCGAGAGGGCCGCGCGAGGUCUGAAGGGCGGUGUCAAGAGCAUCGUGUAUCUGACGGGGUAUGUGCUGGCCGAGGCGGGGACCAAGUUGGCCGACUACGAGCCGCUGAUGGACUUUUUCGAUGUCAACCGGUUCUACGCCGCCGACGUCCCGGACGCGUCCACCAGGGACGCCAUGUACAGCCUCCUCGGGGACCACAGCGCGGUGGCGUUCAUGACGCCCGUGACCCUGGGCGCGGCGGACCUCAAGGACGUGCCCAAGACGUACAUCCUCUGCACCAAGGACGAGACCAUCUUCCCCGAGGUGCAGCGCAAGAUGGCGGACGCUGUAGGCGCGCGGGUCGUCGAGAUCGAGGCCGGGCACAGCCCGUUUGCCGUCGAGGGGCAUGUCGAGGUGUUGGUGCGGGAGAUUGAGGCUGCUGCUGCUGCUGCUCCUACUGCGUAA